GGUUUUGAUAUGGCUCAAUCUACAUCUGAUGCAACCAGUGCACCUACAAAACCUUCAACCAAUCCAGGCAGUUUUGAAGAACUGCAUCGUAAAACCCGUGAUGUCUUUCCCAUGUGUUUUGAGGGAGCUAAGGUGAUGGUGACCAAAGGUCUCAGCUCCCAUUUCCAGGUUUCUCACACGUUGUCGAUUUCUCCCACGAAUACAGGGUAUCGAUUUGGUGCCACAUACGUCGGCACAAAAGUAGCCGGACCACAGGAACAAUAUCCAAUCUUUCUAGGAGACACUGAUGUCUCUGGAAAUACUACUGCAACAGGGAUAAUUACCGUUUACGCGUGCAGGCUCAAGUACAGCAAAACAAAAUCGUUGGAGCUCAAGGAGGGCUUGAAAGAA